CGAGCAUUUGUCGCCUUUUUGAUCACGUGUCACUCUGUUUAUAAACAAUCCAACCGGUAUUACUACUACAAUUUACAUAGCACACGUACUACAGAGCGGCUACACAUUUCCUGGGGAAGGAAAAAAUAUGAGCGCGGCGAAAUUUUCUCGUCUUGUUGGGGUAGCCGUUCGCGGACCUCUCCGCCUCGAACUGAGAGCAGUCUCAACAUCUACCACAAAGUUGACCGAACUGAAGCCGAACAUUCCCCCUCCAGAACAACUUUUCGUCCCUCUGUCAGUUCCCACGAAACUUCUUUUCGGACCAGGCCCAUCGAAUCCAUCCAUGAGAAUUUAUAAUGCGUCUGCCAUGUCACUUCUUGGCCAUUUACAGUCUGAUUUUCAUCAUGUUAUGGAUGAGACAAAGGCUGGUCUGAAGUACGUAUUUCAAACAAACAACAAGUACACGUUGGCAAUCACUGGUGCGGGACAUGCUGCAAUGGAAGCUUCGAUCAUGAACCUGGUAGAACGCGGAGAACGCAUUCUGGUUUGCAACAACGGGAUGUGGGGUGCCAGGGCACAAGAAAUCGCCGAGAGGCAAGGAUGUGAUGUACGUGUUCUAGAAAAAUCACCAGGAGACUACUAUACUAAAGAAGAGAUUGAACAGGGUCUUAAAGAGCACAAGCCAUCUGUCCUUUUUAUAGUCCAUAGUGAGUCUUCUUCAGGGAUCUGUCAGCCACUGGAGGGCAUUGGAGAUUUGUGCCAUAAACAUAAUUGCUUGAUAAUUGUGGACACAGUAGCAUCUCUUGGUGGAACACCUUUCCUCACUGAUGGAUGGGAUCUGGACUGUGUCUAUACAGGCUCUCAAAAGUGCCUAGGUGCACCUCCAGGAAUUUCACCAAUCACAUUUAGCCCUAGAGCCAUGGCAAAAGUAAACAGCCGGAAAACUAAAGUUCCAUCUUUCUACCUGGACAUUAAUGAACUUGGAAACUACUGGGGCUGUGAUGAUGGACCAAGGAGGUAUCAUCACACAGCAGCAAUAAACUUGGUUUAUGCAUUAAGAGAAAGUUUGGCUUUGCUUGCAGCAGAGGGAAUUGAAAAUUCAUGGAAACGGCAUAAUGAUACAAUUGAACACCUCUGGGCUGGAAUUGAAAAGAUGGGCUUAGAGAUGUUUGUCAAAGACAAGGCCCUUCGUCUUCCAACAGUGACGAGUGUAAAAGUCCCUGAAGGAUUUCCAGAUUGGAAAGCUGUUCCAGAUUAUCUUAUGAAAAAGUACAAGUUAGAAAUUGUUGGUGGUAUGGGUCCAACAGUCGGAAAGGUGUGGCGUGUAGGAUUUAUGGGACAUAAUUCGUACAAGGAGAAUGUUGACCUGUUCUUACGGUUAUUUAAAGAAGCAAUAGAUUCAGUAAAGAACAGCUAAUGAAAACUGGUUACUGGAAAUUGAACGUGCAAGAAGACGGGCCCAAACUCCCGUCGAAUUUGCAACAAAGCUAUAAAGAACAAUCAAGAAAUGAAGUUGAGAUGAGGAAAAAUAUUUAUUUAUAAUUCGCCAAAGGCGAAGUGAAUAUUAUUGAAUAAUCCCCGAGACGAAGUCGAGGAAAUUAUUCAACAGUGUUCACUGAACCUGAGGCGAAUUUUCUUUUUAGUAUUUUCAGUAAUUACUCAGGUGCUUUCGAAUUCUGUUGUAUUUUCUGUAGAUAAAGUAAGCAUUACGCAUAUUUUAUUACAAUUGUGGUGAAUAGUUGUAUCAAGAUAAGCAAGGAGUUUUAGCAGGUUUAUUUUAUUCAGUCACCAAAAAAAUUCAUACAUUUCUUUUGAAAAGGGUACGGCCAAACUUAAUAGUAUAAUUUGUGCUCUUCGCAAUAGAUUUUGUUCCAUUGCGUUUAUCACCUUCUCAGAAACAUUGACAAAACGCGAGGCAGACAUCAUGAAACUUAGCGCCCUUUUUAUAAUCACUUCGGGCGGGGUGAUUAUGGCGAGAUAUUACACUAUCCUCGACUAAUCAGAGCGCGCGCAUCUCAAUACUCACCUGAGCAAUAGUAAUAAACUAAAGUAAUCAGUUAAAGUGUAGAACUGAAAAUCUUAUUGAUCAAAUUAGAGAUAGAUCCACGUCUACGGAAUUAACCAAUGAUAAUUCAAAAGAUUAUUUUUAGAAUAUUGUUCGAUGUGAAAUGUCCUGUCUCAUCCGAUUAAUUAACGUAUGCAACCGAACGUAAAGUAUUUCGGAAAAGUUGGUGUAAAUGUGUAUUUGUGAUCAUGAGUGGCGAGUGUAUAUUUAAAUGUAUUUUCAACGUAAUAUAAAGCCUAUUGAUAUAUAUUUUCAAUGCGGGAGGAAUGUUAAGCAAGGGAUUUCAAUUUUACAGUGGGUAAUAAUAAUGUAUAUUUAUGCCUUUUUCAUCCUGAUAAGGCUGGGAUUUAGUUACACCCUAGAAAUCCCCUUCCUUAAUAUUAACAACCUUGUAUUAAAUAUUAUUCAAGGACUUAGUAAUAUAAAAUUUCGUUAGUUUUUC